GGAGUUUUAACGAUUCAUACUGUUUCAUACAAAGAUUCAUAUUGAUAUCAAUCAAUGUUGCAAUCAAAUGUAUAUAUGUGGACACAUUCUGUUCUGAAUUUGGUCUAUUAAUCCUCAUACGUCUACCCAAUAACGGUGAAAUCGUUGUAGUAAAUUCCCCAUGGAAAAUACACAAAAUCAAACUCCUCUAUUCACCAAAGUCGAAUGGAUCCAAUUAAAUGGUAUUGUAGUAAACAAGUAUGACAUUGGAAAGGACGUUUAGGAAUUUACUGAACCACAUGGUACUCAGGCAUACAAACAUAAACACGAAUAAAGUUUAUCACUUAUUUGUUACAUCAGAUGAAACAGUGAUAUGAUUAUGAUGCUUCCAUAACAAUUCUCUGAUUGGAAUUGUAUUCAAAAGUAAAUUCUGUUAGUUGGUACUAACGCUCUCUCAUUUUGAUCUUAGGAAUUUCGAGUCUUUAUGCAAUUAUCACCAUUCUUUCGUAUGCUUCUUAUAUACACGAUCGGUAUGUUUGGUGGAGGACUAAUUGUCCACCUCUACUAUGUACAACAUGAAGAGGAUUUGUAUACAGCAGCACUGUCUGCAGCCAAGUCACCGAAAUUGACAGCAAACGAUAAUACAUAUAAACAGUUGAGUAGGUUAGAUUUAACUUAAAAUGACUAUCAAUUUCUUUAUCGUGUUCCCCUGAAAAUUACAGUUCUUUCGAACGAUUCAAUACACGAACAUGCAUUACAACAUUUAGGUAAGUGUAUUGGUUUUGAUUUGAAGUGGGAAACCACAGUUGUUAUUAAUGGUUUCAAUGAUUAUUCUAAAAAUUGCUUUCAGUUGAAGCAAUACUCGAAAUAUCCAUCUAUGAUUCAGACUGUAGUUUCCGAAUUCUAGCUAAAUAUUAACGAACUGAGUCGUUAUAAAUGUGAAUCAUUUUUUUCAGUCACCAGUGUCUUUACUAAGUAAGUAGGCGAGUUGAGUGGAUGGUUUGUCGUACAUCAAUCUUAUCCAUUUUCGAGAUAGUUCCCAUUUGUAGAAACGCAUUUGGCACGUAUUACUUUCCACUGUUGAAAACAUUUAUGCACCUCUCUGAAUUCAGACCCUUCAGUCGUCUCAUCGUUUCACAUUUUACUCUAUCUAUCCUAAGUGACUCUGUUGGACCAAAUAAAUAGAGAACUUUCUCAAACUCAUACUCACAUAAUUCAUCCAGAAAGUGAAUUGGAAACGUAAAAGCUGGAAACAAUACACACUUUUGUGAAUUUUAUCAACAUAGGUAUUCGAUGAAAGUGUUAAGCUCUCAUCAUCGUUUUAGUAUUGACAGCCCUCACUGAGGUCUUUCAUCUAUUGGAAACAACUUGUUCCCUUCAGUUUUAGCUCCAUAAAGAACCCUCCACGUCUCAACAAUUUCCUCAAAGUCUUUCCUAUGUUUCACCGGAAACCUCAGGAAUUCACUUAACCUAUUUCUUAAUCAGCGAACGAAUACAGCAUAAAAAUGGCAUUGGUAUCAAAGAAACAAGAGAGAUUAUCGUGAUUACGAUCAGCCAUUGUUAUUUAUUUACUAACUCCCCAUUCACAGUUGAAGACAUUUCACUGGUUUAGAAAUGAAAGCAGUUGGAUUAUCUGUAGACUGAUCACCAUAAUUUACGUACCUUCACCAUAAUGUAGUCAGUCGUUUCUCUAUAACUGAGUUGAAUGUACGGUGUAAAAAUAGCAGGAAUACGAAACUGGGUGCAUUUCUCACAGGUAGUGCUGUCAUAUCUUGUGUUCUGUCUAUUCAAAUAUGAAAAUUGAACAUUGUGGUGUCUACAAGAUUUCAAAGCUAUUUCCUAUGAAUAAAUAUUAGCCAAUGAGAGUGGUUGGCUAACACAGAGUACACGGUUAUCUAUUAUCCUCAUUAGUGUUAUCUCAAAUAAAAUGUAAACAGAAUGGAGUUCAGAAUCAAUCAAUUUCAUAAUAAAUGUUCCAUUGUUUAUUCAUGAAGUUGGAAUAUAGUAUUUAGUGAUCACCAAUAUUUUGAGGAAUAUUUAUGAUGUGAUGGCGUGUGUCUUCAAAUGGAACCGAAACAUGCUUGCUAACUACACAUGUUAGUACAGUGUGAUGAGGUUUAUUGGAAUUGACAUUAACCGAAAUACGACAUGGAAUCUAUACAGGAAUGAUUUUAGUGAUGGCAUUGAUGUAUAGACGUGGAAGAUAGAGAAUUCGAACUAGUGGAUCGUGUUCAACACAAAUUUCGUGAGCGCACCGUGAAAAUUUUAAUGAGUUAAUCAAGUGAGAAAUGUCUUGGGUGGGUGUGGAACCUUUGGCUGAAUACAUGUGCUAGCUGAUGGUUUUGCAAAUAUUCAUGGAGAAGAAGAACAAAUUGACUGCCUUACUCUGUGAUGAGUUGCAAUGUUGUGGUUACAUCUAGAAAGUAUGUUGAUUUAUGAAUUAAUGGAUUAGAAAUGUUUGAGAAAUUUCGGUUUUCCAGGAUUGAUGAUAUUUAUUACUUGUAAUGAAACAGUUUCAUAAUCAAAUGAUAUGGCAGAUGACACAGGAGAAAUGACAGUACCGACAGAGUAGUUCGAAUUUAAGAACUUCGGAAAAUGAUCCAUGUACAAUAUAAGUAAAAUCCCAAAAAGUGGAAUAUCUGAUCGAUAGCUCAUAGAGUGGAAUGGACCUCGUUUGAAACAAGUUAGCUUGUGUCAUUCUCCAUACUGUUGAAAUUUUCAAUAAUUUACCCUCAUCUAGAUCCAGUAUUUCCAGCAUAUCUUCGAAAAUAUGAUGAGCUUCAAAUUGUUUCCUUAGAUUUGGUUGAGUUUUCAUUUUUUCGAUAUACGUUUUUACUUUUCUGACAGCCAGGAUUUGGAGGUCUAUGUCAUGUUUAUUGUGGUGGUUCAACUGUACCACCUAACUUCUGAUGAUGAGCUGUUCAAACACUGAGUCUUAGAGGUAGAGACAUGUUUAAAAUUUUCAUUAUUUCUUCUCUUCGUUUCAGCUUGGCCAAUCGGGUCACAAAUAUGUCGUCUCCAUUCUGAUAAAAAUUCAAGUAGAGUAUUCCGGGAGGAUGUCUUGUCUCGUCUAUACAUUUAAGUUCUUUUCGGAUUUCCAAUUCACUAGGUGUGUUGCUAUUGAGUGUGAAUCAAUGCACAACAUCUGUUUCACUAUGUUGAACUUGUGUUGAUCUGUGAAGUAACUAACUCUUUUCAUAAGUUGUGUAAGUGAACGGGUACCUUCGAAAUGUGGUCAGUAUAACACGAGAUUUGUAGAUUCAAGACUCUUACUAAGGAGUAUAUGUCAGCUCAUGUGAUACAGAUGCAUUAACUGCAUUUUCUCCCUACUGAAAAUUCAGUGAACAUUGUUUUAAUUGUUCUCAUUGUUUUAGUUAAGUUUCUUGACUACUCAGUCAGUCAGUCAGUCAAUUUCUCUGUUUAUGCCAAUUGACUUACUUUAUUCAGACAAACGGUGGCAGUUCGCAGUCUCGAAUGUCAAAUUAAUUUUCCUCGUCUUAGAGGAAGAAUUAGACGAAUCUACAUUGUUUCUAUUCUUGUAUACUUUCCUUCCUACCUGUAGCCGAGGCAACAUUGGCUAACGUAUUGGCUAAACAAGUACGUGUGUUCUGUUGGAUACUAACAAUGCCAGCGAAUCAUAAAUCAAAAGCUGUUCAUGUGAAAGCUACGUGGGCUGGUCGAUGUAAUAACUAUUUAUUCAUUAGUAGUGAAACUGAUUCGCAUCUUCCUUCAAUAGCUGUUAUCAAUGCUGAAGGUCGCAACUUAUUGUGGAAUAAAACAGCUGGAGCCAUAAAAUACAUGGCAAAACAUUAUGCCAAUGAUUACGAUUACUUCAUGAAGGCGGAUGAUGAUUCAUAUGUGAUUGUAGAGAAUCUGCGCAAAAUUUUACAUAAAGAAAAUCCCGAUAAACCAUUUAUCAUGGGCAGACGAUUCAAGCCAUUUGUUAAACAAGGAUAUAUGUCCGGUGGUGGAGGAUAUGUGCUAUCUCGAGCUGGUCUGUUGAAUAUCGCUAAUGGUUUGGAAAAUAAUGCCGUUUGUCAAAGUAAUAAACAUGCAUUCGCUGAAGACGUGAAACUUGGAUCUUGUGCUGAAGCUACAAAUGUUUCAGUAAUUGAUAGUCUAGAUGCAGAAGGACGUGAAUGCUUUCAUCCGUUCUCUCCAUCACAUAUGCUUACAAAAGACACAAACGGCUACCCAGAAUGGUACCUAAAGUACAAUUACCACAGAAUAGAUACAGGAUUCGAUUGUUGCAGUGAUUAUGCUGUCUCAUUUCAUUAUAUUAGACCUGAAGAGAUGUAUCUCUAUGAAUAUAUGCUGUAUCAUCUACAUCCUUAUGGGAUACAUCGAGAUUAUAUGGAUUUAAUGAAUUAUUUACAACAGAAUAGAAUUUCCUGAUACAAUAUCACUAUUAUUAUUAUUAUUAU